AAAAUCCUACAACUUCAGCCGACUCCCGACGAAAAAACCCAAAUUCAAGAAGCACAGUUAGCAAAUCCCGACAUUCCUUUGGGCACCGCUGAGCAGUUUCUACUGACAAUGGCGUCAAUUAGUGAACUCACUCCUAGRCUUCACUUAUGGCUCUUUAAACUCGACUAUGAUUUACUAGAAAAGGAAGUAGCCGAGCCUCUGAUGGAUCUUAAGGAAGCUCUCGAGGAGAUCAAUAAAAACAUUACUUUCAAACAUAUUCUAGCAACACUUUUGGCCAUUGGGAACUUCUUGAAUGGAAAACAGGUAAAGGGUUUUCAGUUGGAUUACUUGUCUAAGGUACCAGAAGUGAAGGACACGGUACACAAACAGUCUUUGUUAUAUCACUUAUGUUGUAUGGUGAUGGAUAAAUUCCCCAACACGACCGACCUGUACAGCGAGCUYGGAGCCUGCCAUCGAUCAUCUAGAGUUGACUUUGAUAUCGUUGCUGAAAAUCUGAAGAAGUUGAAGGAAAAUUGUAAAAAAUCCUGGGAAUAUCUCAGUAUCGUUGCUAAACACGACAGCACGAAGCARCUGAAGAGCAAGAUGAGUGAAUUGCUCACAGACGCACAAGAAAGAAUAACCAUUUUGAAAGUCGUUCACAGGCGUGUCAUGAAUAGGUUUAGGAAAAUGUUGCUGUACCUUGGUGUCUCGCCAAGUCUUACUAAACGAACAAAGGUGAAUGAAUUUUGUAAGAUUAUCAGCGAGUUUUCAUUGGAAUACAGAACAACAAGGGAGAAAGUUCUCGAACAGAAAAAGAAAAGAGAAAACAUAAGAGAGCGGAAUCGGACACGUGGAAAGCUAAUCACCGAGUCAUUCCGCACCACAGGACGGUCACCGAGUGAAGAAAGAGUUGAAGAAGCUUUACAUAAAGCAUUGUUUUCUAAUGACAGUGAUCAGUUAGAUUCAGGACGAGAGAGACUGAAAAGUAAUACUCUACCCAACUCGCGUGGUCGUCUACGUUCUAAUCGGUCUUCUCUCAGCCAUGAUGAGUUCCC